AUGGUUAUUCCAGACCACUCUAACCUUGGUUCGGUCAAAGAUAAUAUUAAAAAAUUCGAAGCUAAUCCAGACGAAAACCCUGGACAAAUACAACCCCUGUCUCGUUCUCGUAGCCCAGUCGGAAGACUACCAAUUAAUUCUGGAAUUGAGGCAAAUGCGGAACAAGCUCAGCUUAAGGCACCUUCUUCCAAUUCAAGUGGAACAAUAACAUAUAGUUACGGAAAUACAACAGAAGAAACAGUCGAACAAAAGGACAUAGCCGAUUCCUCAAAUACCGUUACCUCGGAAAACUCGGAAAAAGAAAUUGAGGUAAAGCCAGAUGAGCCUGAUAACAAUGUUGCUGAAAAGGAACAAGAUAAUGUCACCAUAAGUGUUAGUGAAGUCCCCGAAACAACUAGUGAGACGGUAGAACAAACUGAACCUGCAAAAGAAAGCAAUUCUGACGAAAACAAAGAACAUGAUGCUAAAAAUGUUGCUCAAGAGGAACCCAAAAAAGUUAAAAAAACUGGUUCUGGAUCAACAAAGAAACCUCUGGCAAGCAAUAAAACUACUCAACCUUCCAAAAUCGCGAGUACCCAAAAGAAAUCAAUCAAACCUGCUGAAAAGACCACUAGUAGCACUACAACUACCUCAACUACAUCAGCAACAAAGAAAAACGUACCUAAAUCAAAAACCACAUCCACAACAGCUACAACACAUGGUAAACCUUCCUCUACUGAUAAAGCAAAACCAGAGGCCUCAUCAUCACGUGCGACUGCCGCCAAAACCGUUCCCACCAAAACCGUUCCCACUAAAACCGUUCCCACCAAAACCGUUCCCACUAAAACUGUUCCCACUAAAACCGUUCCCACCAAACCCGUUCCCACCAAAACCACUACCACCAAACCCAUUGUUGGCAAAACUGCCACAAAACCCACCAGCAAUACUAAAACUUCGGGUUCAACUGAUAAAAAACCAGCUGCCAAAUCUUCUGGAAAAUCAG